CCGUGCUGAAAACACAUUGUUUGCUUCGUGAAUCACUGUGGCUAAAUUAUUUUCCUUUCGAAUUCAGUUUAAAUGAAAUAGCCAUUUUGUAUACAACUAUAAUUGAAAUUAAUUGACAACGCGCUCGCUUGAGAAUCAAAUUGAAAAGCGAUAAAAGUUUAAGAGCACUUUUGAUAAACGGGAUGAUACACACGUUUUUUUCCUCUCUUUCGUGUAGAUUAUGAAAUAAAUAUUACGUCUAUUAUCGGUCAAUUUGAUGUGAAUAUAAUCCACGUAUUAUUGAGUCCUGACAGCAUCGUACAGUGAAUGUGUUAGAGUGAGUGUAACAAUAAAAGCAUCGUCCGGAUCAUAAAUUAUUCGAAUAAACUAUCAAUUGAACGAUGAUAGUUGAAAUUGAGCAUCAUAACAUCUGAACAGUUUCAUACGGAAAAUCAAAAACAAUUUCUGAAUUUUAAGAACCAAAAUACAAACAAACAAAAAGUAUUUUUUUUAAAAAGAGAUAGAAAAUUGGUUUUUGUGGCGUAUUUAAACCGAGUAAAUUUUAACUAGGAAAAAACAACACAUACACAAUAAUAAACGGAACAAUCAAAGUGAUUAAUAAUUUUAGUGCAUUGUUUUGUUGACUUUUUGAAGCAUUUAAAACUAAACAAGAACAACAACAAUAAAAAAUACUUGAAAAAUCGAAGAGCUUGUAUUAUUGCCCUGAAUUUUAAGCUUAAGAUAGAUAAAUCAUACUAUUUAACGAAAUCAUAGGGAAUGAAAGGCCUGUACUAAUCCAAAAAUUACAGUAAUACGUAUAGAAUAAAACAUCAGAUAAAAUAAAAUAAAAAGUGAUUAAAUUGCGAUAUAGAGUGAAAAAAAAACACGAACUAAACCAAAAUAAUUCGGUUAAUUUGCGAUAAAGCGAGAGCCACAAAGUAAAAAAAAGAUUGCAAAUAAAAGUGAUUACAAAAGAAACGCGCCAAUUCGUUGAACAUCAACAUAAAUACGAUAAUCCACAACGUUGUCAUCACAUCAAGUCACAUAUAUGAGUAAUAGUGCAAUGGUUGCCGUGGCUAUUUGUUGUAUACUGGUUUUAUUGGCCGUGUUCAUCAUCAUAAUCAUAGUGGUUGGACAAACGAUUGAAGAGCCCAAGUGAGAUAAGCUUCAGCUGGGGCCCGGAUAUUAUCCAACCGAUGGAUAACACCGGCCUCCAAAACGUUGCUAAUGCACCGUUUACGUGUGUCAAACGUGAUAACAUGCGUUUUUUUAAAAAGAAAAUCAAGACGAAGAAGAAGAAGAAAAAGAAGAGGAAAAUUUAUCAAACGUAUUUUAAUGGUGAUGAAGAAAAGGUAGAUGAUGGUAGUGAUAAAGAUGAUGAUGGCUUCCGUACACGCAUCCAAAUUGAAAUUUACAUUCCAUCAUCACAUUUGUGUGACGGUUGGAUUUUUGGAAUCCGUUCAUCAAAUCGCUCAACAUACUGGAUGCGAUUAGCACAGCAUCAUAGAAUUAUUUGGGUCUUAUUUUGUCAUUUUUCACAUGAAAGCCUUGUGAAAUGCGCAUGAAAUGCGAUGAAAUCUACGGAUCGAAUGUUUUGUUUAACAUUUUCCACGAAAUGUAUUCAUCAAAAGGUGUACGCAUUUAAUCGAUCUCAAUUAGUUUGCAAACGUUGAACAAAUGCCAAAAAGUGAUUCGAUGACAAUAAAAUUGUGCUCCAUUCUUUCUCUUUCUCUCUGUGUGUCUUUCUCAUUCAGCGACGCAAAACACAAAAUAUGUGUACCGAUGAUGUAAUAAAAUAUGCACAAAAUAAUCAAUAUGCAAAUGAUUAAUGUUGAGCCUCACAGAUACAGUACCAGCACAUACAUUAUUCAAAUUGUUAUUCGAUUCAUAUUUGUUUACAUUUAUAUUGUCGAUAUUAUAUAUGGAACAGCCACAAUAAAACAACAACAACAACAUUUUUCGAAUUAUAAUGCCCAUAUCCAAGUGCCACAUUUGUCUUCGGUGAUCGCUUUAACAUCACGGUUCUUACAAUAGUCAUCAAGCCAAAAAAUACAAUCAACAAUAACCAACUCGUGCUCAUACAUCAUAAUAAUAGCAAAGAAGGCGUCAAAAAUGGGCCACAAAUCAAUAGGAACCAUAUUCGACAACAGCCAACCAUCCAACUUAUGACACAUUUUACAAAUGAUACCUACACACACACACACACAUCGGGAAAAUAUUCGCAUGAAGUUUUUCGAUCAUGGAUAGAACAUAAAUAUAACGAACAACAAACAAACAAAGGAAAAAGUUUGACUCAUUUUCGAAUAUGUUACUUUGAUGCGUCAAUCUUUGAAGUGUUGUAAGUUUUGACGGACAACAAUAACAACAGAGUAACAAUGAAGAGGAGAAAAAAAAAGAUGCAACACAUCAUCUACAAAAACAAUGAAACAUUAUUUAACGUCUAUAUCAGUCGGGUUUGAGGAAUGUUCGAAUUGAUGCAUACAAACAUAGUUAAGAAUAAUUGCUGCGCAUCGCAUCCGAACACAACUCUGAUAAACUAUUCAUCUUUCUCACAAAAUAAUGUGCUAUAAAUACGUAUACAUUGGUAUAUGGGGUUAAAAUCGAUGGAGAUUUCAUUCUUAAGCAAAGUUUUACUCUCAAUGGAAGCAUUUACAAUUGAACAUCUAAUCGCAACAUGCAUUUCAUUGCUAAAUAUCAACAUAAUAGAGUUUUCAUUUGUCAUACAUACACAUGAGUAAAUAUCAUGAAUGUGAAAUAAGGAUUGAUUGUUCUCGGUUCUUUCCGCUUGGUAACUAGCAAACAUCGCAUUUGGCUCGUAAUUUCCAGAUUAAUUCAUACAACUACGAUGAAAAUCAAAGAAUGACAAAUGGUCGAACUGAAGACUGAAACUCUCUCUCUCUCUCUCUGAAUUGUAGAAAAAUCGGAAAUAGAACAUCGUAUUCUCUCAUCCCGUCCACGGCUACACUUGCGUACAUCCAAACGAAUCAGUAAAGUAAAAUACAGAAAAAUGAAAUUUAAUAAUGGUAAUUUGAACUAAAAUCAAAGCGAAUCGGAAAUAAAAUCGUGCUUUAUACACGAAGUUAAUGUAUAGCAUGAUGGAAACGGAAAAGCAUGACAUUCUAUAUGAGAUUUGAUGAUGCUAGGAAAAGAUACAUCAACCAAUUUGAAUGAAAGUUCAGCCAAAAUAGUUUUUUUUUCUUGCGAAGAGGAUAGACAAUAAUAGCGAAGACGACGAAUAUGAAGAAACAGAAAACAAAAGGAUCACACACAUAAAUGUGGGUGAUGCACACAAAAUAGUACAUGUAUACAAUCAUUACGCUGAACGAUGUACGAUGUAUUUGUUUUGAUUGAUAUACCAGCAGACUGUCAAGCAUGUGGUAAACAGAAAAAUGGUGCCUGCGGACGUGUUAAGCGAACGGAAAGUAGAAAUGGAUAUACCUGUAUAAAAUCUGACACAAAUUGUUCAUCAUUUUGAAUAACGAAUAAACAACCAUUAUUAUAGCCUCAAAAUAUGGAUUGUAUUUCUUCUUACUCAAUCACUCCAUCUCUCUUUCUAUCUGAGAUUGGAAAUAUUUUGGGCUUCUUGUUCAACGUAUUUAUUAUUGGCAACACGUGAACUAAACGGAUAGACAUUAUUUACACCAAGAUGAUGAUAUUCUCUGUGUACAGAGAUUUGUGUUGUUGUUGCUGCUGCUAUUGAAACCUGCAAACGAAAAAUACCAAACGCGAGUAGAUAAACAAAAAUCACACAAACGAAUGAAGUAAACGAAAGCAAACUGGCAUUUUCGAUCUUAGUUUAUUUACAAUUCACCUGUAUGCAUUCAAUCCGAAACGUUUUCAACCAUAUUCAAAUACAUUCAAACAAAUGACUCAACACACAAAGGUGAAAAUAUUUGCAAAAAUACUGAUACAAAAGGGAGAUAAAAUGAGAGAGAUGCAAAUACACAAAAAAUGCCUGACAUAGAAAAUGGAAAAUUGAGAUAAAUGCCAAAUGCGUGCAAAUACUAAAAAAAAAAAUAUAAACGGAAUCAACGAUGAGCAGAAAAUCGGACGUAAUGACGUGACAGAGAGAAACUGAAAGUGGAGGCUGAUAUAAAACGACAGCUUUCGACUAAUGAAACGAAAACGUCGAGGCAAUUCGAGAAAAAUCAAUACAUAUGACACGAAAAUGUGUGUGUGUGUGUGUGUAAAAGACACGGGACUAAUAAAAACCAUCAUGAUUUAUACGAAUGCUGAAUCGUUUACAGAAUGAUAAUCAAGCAGAGAAGAGAAAAGAGAAAGAAAAUGGAGGGUGACAGAGAUAGUGAUGGAAGAAGCGAAAGUGAUGUUGUCCAACGACGUGAAUAACAGAAAAAUUGCCCAAAAAAUCAAGCUGCGAACAUAAUCACCAUAAAAUUUACAUUUGAAAUCAUCACGCAUACAUUGCUUACGCAAAAGCUCAAAUAUAAUUCAACAUAAAACGGCGGUAUUCAUAAAAACGGACAGAAAGAAAUGAAGAGAGAAAGAGAGAAUGGAAUUAUGGAGAGAAACAAAUAAACAAACUCUUAAAUGAACUACGAUUAAUGAAUGUCCAAUAACCAAUAAACGUACAAAACGCCAGCAAAACAACAAAACAGAAUGUAAUUAGCUUAUAUAUAAAUGUUAUCCUUAACAUUACUCUCAAAGCAAUCUCCAAACAAUAAAACAAAACAAAUAAAAUCCGGGAUAUUAAAAA